GGCAAAGCCGGUCUGGGCGACGACUUCGCCUUCGCGGACCCGUCUGCGUUUUUCGCGAUGCUUUUCGGCUCGGAUCAGAUGGAGAGCUUCGUCGGGCGGCUCCAGCUCGCGACCGUCGCCGCCGCGGGCGCGGACUUGAAGCGCGAGGAGCUGCACUUGCUGCAGGACAGACGCGUCGCGAGGCUCGCGGUGAAGCUCGCCGCGGUGUUGGAAGGGUUCGUGAGCGGGCAGAGCGAGGAGGAUUUUAGAAGGGUGACGACGGCGAUGGCGAGCGAACUCGUCAAGGCUUCGUACGGGGAGCUCAUGCUGCAUCUGAUCGGGUUCGUGUACGAGAAGCAGAGCGCGGAGUACCUCGCGGAUCCGGUCGCGGGCGCGGGGUCGUGGGCGGAUCUCGGAGUGCGGUCGGGCGUCGCGAGGGCGGAGCAGUACGGCCGGCGGGUGCAGACGCAAUUCGCCGCCGUCGGCGCGGGGUUGAAGAUCUUCAAGAGCUACCAGUCCGCGGAGAAGGAAGCGGCGGGGGCGAAGACGACGGAGGAGGGCGACGUCAUCCGCGCGAAAAAGACGCAAGACAUGCUGCCGCACUUCCUCGAGGCGCUGUGGAACACGAGCGCGCUGGACAUCGAGAGCACGCUGCGCGUCGUGUGCGACAAGGUGUUGCACGAUCACGCGGUGGACGCCGCGGCGAGGAAAAAGCGAGGCGUCGCGCUCGGCGUCUUGGGCGCGUUCUACACACUGGUCCCCAUACGACCGCGUUGGCGUGGUGAACGCCGAUCCUUAAGGACUUUUGCCGUCGUCUCUCUCCGCCCACCCCACGCUUUCAAUCCCCGCCCUCGACGCCUUUCAACUCCACCUGACGCCUUUGAACUUCACCCCGACGUUCGCUCGAACGGAACGACCCUCAGGCGAGGUAUUCGGCGCCGCGAAGGCGCCGGAGGGGGCGACGAACGACCCGAUGAAGAAGCUGGAGGAGGCGAUGCGGAGGGCGUUCCAAGGGGAUGAAGACGACGGCGACGGGACGUACGAGCAGCAGACGGACUGCUGAUCUGAUGGAUGGACGGAAAGAAGUCCUACGAGUACACGUAGACUACUAGUAGACGAGUUUUCGACGCGAAAAUAUCGUUACGC